ACAUUCCGAAGGAUGCCUACUUUUGUCAGUCAGCGCCAGAGCAUAAUUAUAGUAAAUAUCCUGUGCAGUUUUGCCAGGAUUUGCCCGAUUUAUUAUAGUGGACGAGAAUACAGUUUAAUAGCUGUGAUCACCUCCAGCUGAUUUAUUAAAUCUGGCUUGAGGGCUGAACUGCUGAUUCAAAUUCUUAUCAUAAGGAUUUUAACACCUAAAAUGGGGAAAGGUGCGAUUGCUAAUAAUAAGGCGCUAGCCUUUUCUCUCGCUUUGGUUGUUUCGGCUCUCGUGAUGCUAACGGUUACCUUCGCGGUUCUGUACUUCGAAGACAAAUCGACGUCACCGACUGCAGCACCAGGUGAUACUUCAUCACCGGUUUCACCACCGGUAACUGCGCCUUCUACGCCGGUUACCAACUCCACGGUAUCGGUCACGUCAACUACACCGAUAACGAACGCUACCGCGCCGGUAACAGCAUCUUUGGCAGACACUAAUUCCACUUUGCCGGUUACAUCACCGUCACCGGUCACAAACUCAACACCGCCGGCAACCACAUCGACAGAAACGCCCUUUUCCGAAACCGAAUGCGUCAGUGGGGGUUGCUUGAAAGCUGCGAAUGCUCUUCAGCGAUCCAUGAACAGGAGUGUUAACCCAUGCGAUAACUUCUACGAUUUCGCUUGCGGCACAUGGGCGGAGUCCCAUCCCAUGCCAUUAACCGCGAACCAGUGGGAUGCUUUUGGACUUUUAGGCGUCGAUUUGAAUCAAGCUCUUCAUGAACUUCUCGAGCCCAGUCGUGACCCUUUCACGGAAAGCGAGGACCACAUUGCCCAAAUGAAUGCUACGGAGAAAGCUCAGUUUUAUUAUGGAACGUGCGUCGACGAAGUCGCACUGGAAGCACCGAAGAACUUUGAUUACUACCUACAAUUCCUGCAGGAUAUCUUCCCACAAAUUACCAGCUUCCCGUACCGUGAAAACGCCACCAUUCCCACCAUGGAACAAAUCGCACAGGCUCUGAUUAACGCCCGCAAAUACGGACAGUCGUUGAACAUCAUCACCGCCGGUAUCAGCCCGGAUACAGAAGACUCCACCAAACCGAUUAUUGUGUUUAUCGCUGGCCAGUACGGACCCGACACGCAGGCGUACCUGAAAAGGUCCAACACCACCCAUCUGUCCCACUACCAAGCGUGGAUGAUGGAUAUGUUGCUGACCUUUACCCGCAAAGCCAAUAUGAGUUUAUCGACGGAAGAGGCGGAGACACUGACUCUCGAGUUCUACGACUAUGAAGCUGCCACUUCCAGGAACAAACUGUCGCCGGUGCAAGCAAAGAAUAAACAAAUCACGACACAUAAAAUGACCAUGGAGCAGUUCGCCACCGGCGCGACGCAACAUUUGGGACUGCCAACGGACAAACUGGUUGAGUAUUUUCGCAAUGCGUGGGAUAAUGAGCAAGUCAACGAUCUGGUCAACGCCAGCACGAUUGUCAACGUAAUGGAGCCUGGUUAUUAUCAAGCUGUUAUUAAUUUCUUCGGUAACGCUGCAAAUGAUUCGGAGGUGCGAAGACUGUAUGCGAAUUACAUCUCUUUCCAACUUGCCACAUCCUUUACGAGCCGAUUGGGCGAGGAUUUCUCCAAUAUUACACGGCGAUAUUUAGCCGCUGCAGCCGGCAUCACCGAAGCUACCGAGCGAUGGGUGACGUGCAUAACACGAACACAACUGGAGCUACCUGAUCCCGUUGGCCGACUGUAUGUGAUGGAGCAUUUCCAUAAAGACACAAAGAAACGGUUGGAGCAAAAAGUGGACUAUUUAUUCAACUCGUUGCGAUCGAUUAUCCUGGACUCCGAAUGGAUGACCGCUACAACUCGCUUAGAAGCACUGCGAAAAGCACAGCUCUUUAAAGUCAAUAUUGGGUAUGAUGAUGCCAUUGUCGAUUCACCAGAAGCCCUGGACGAAGGCUACCGAAACUUCAGUGUGUCGAAACAUUCGUACGUUGCCAAUUCCAUAAAUUACCGACGAUUCGUGGCCUUGUCGGAGGGUCAGGCGUUGUUAACGAAAAUGGGUACAACCUCGUGGUUGUUCGGUCCGGCAACCAUCAACGCGUGGUACAUACCAAACUUUGCGUCCAUUACUUUUCCGGCUGCCAUUCUGCAGCCGCCGUUCUUCGGUGACGAUUAUCCUGAUUGGUGGAAUUUCGGGGCUAUCGGGACAGUCAUCGGUCAUGAAAUCACUCACGGCUUCGAUGAUAUUGGUUCGCUUUUUGAUGGCUACGGUAACCUGGUCAACUGGUGGGACAUUGAAUCGCGGAUGAAUUUCGAACAACGAAAGAUGGGGCUGGUCCAACAGUACAACGGCUAUGAGAUGCAAGGCGAGCGAGUCAACGGGACAUUAACUAUCGGAGAAAACAUUGCCGAUAACGGUGCUCUUAAAGAGGCUUUUCAGGCAUACCGUCUAUUUGUGAGCCGAGAGCGGGGUGGAAAAGCAGAGUUGCCCCUUCCAGGAUUAGAUUACAACGCAGAGCAAUUAUUUUUUAUUGCCAAUGCCCAGGCAUGGUGCAGCUCAUACACCGACUUGGGGUUAUAUAUUGACGUCCGGAGAAACCCGCAUGCACCUGGACGGUUCCGAGUCAUCGGACCCAUGCAGAACUAUGACGAAUUCUCAAAGGCUUUCAACUGCUCAGCGGAUUCUUAUAUGAAUCCAGUACAGAAGAAUGGCGUGUGGUAGUGUAAAAAAUAUUGUCAGUCUCUGGUGAAUAUGUCGCAAGGGUUCUUAUGAGGCUUUACGGGAAUGUCAGAAUGCCGUCUUAUUGUUGCUUAUAUGGAAGCGUUAUCGGUUGCCGGGCUGGUAUUAUGCAGUGUACACACUUAUCAAAACAAAACAGCCACCUUUAUGGAAAUGAUAUGUUAG